AUGAUUGAUGCAAGGUGUGCUGUUACCACGACUUCAAAGGUGGCUAUAUUUGAUUUGGCAACUCUUGCACUUAAGGACUUAUCUACUCACGGCGUGGAGUGCAUUACGUCCUCUCUGGCAGUGUUCUGCGUUACUUUUGCAAGGCAGUGCCUCCUUUGUAUGGAGAAGACCGUAUAG